AUGGCCGAGGUUGAAUUUGAGGCCGUUUUGGAGUUCUUGAGGAAAAAUGGCUUCUUUGGGUGCAUAUCAGCUCUCAUGGAGGAUAUCACAGACAAAAACUCUGCUUCUGAUGGUCCCGAUAAAUCGUUCGAUCAUGUCGGCUCAAAGGGUUUGUCUGAUGAUGAGUUUGUGAGCUGGAGUUCUUCGACUAGCGAAUCUUUUGCCGAUUUUGCGAAUCCAUGCGGUGUUCGUAUCAGGCGGCCAGCUUCUCAUGCCUCGUCCGAUAGACUGUCCCAAUUUGGCACGGCUCGAAAUUACCUCGAUUCGGAUAUGCAGUUUGACCUGUUUGACCCGAGUGCAGAUAAGUUUAUAAUGUCCGUGCAGACGGGUCAAACUUUCGACGACCAACGCGAAAUGUCUGAAAAAUGCACUAACCAUUCAAACCACAAAACUUACGAAGAUUGUGAUGAACUGGAGUCACUCGAAGAAGAAAGACACUUUAGUGAUUUCGAUAAAUGUAACGAGCAGAUUCAAAUCAAAGAAGAAUUUGAUAUAUUCGACUUGAGAAUUAUACACAGGAAAAACAGGACAGGUUUUGAAGAAAACACGGAUUUCCCUAUAGUUUUAGAUAGUGUAAUAGCUGGCCGAUAUCAUGUCGAGGAAUUCCUAGGAUCGACCGGUUUCAGCCGAGUCGUGCAGGCGCACGAUCUUUGCACGGGGAUUGAUGUUUGUCUGAAAAUCAUUAACAACAAUAAGGAUUUUCUCGAUCAAAGCUUGGAUGAGAUCAAGAUUCUGAAAUUUGUCAACUACCGUGAUCCGGCAGACGAGCGCCACAUUUUACGUCUUUACAAUUAUUUCUACCAUCAGGAGCAUUUAUUCAUUGUUACCGAGCUUCUGUACGCAAACCUUUAUGAAUUCCAGAAAUACAAUCGAGAAUCUGGUGACGAGCUGUAUUUUUUUACUCUCCGAAAUCUGCAGGUCAUAACCAGACAAGUUUUAGAGGCGUUAGCAUAUUUGAACGACUGGGGGAUUAUACAUUGUGAUCUUAAACCGGAAAAUAUACUUAUCAAAAGCUACAAAACGUGUGAGAUUAAGGUUAUUGAUUUCGGCAGCAGUUGUUUGGAGACAGAUGACCUGUCAUUGUACGUACAAUCUCGAUCAUAUCGAGCUCCGGAAGUCAUGUUAGGCCUCCCUUACGACCACAAGAUUGACUUGUGGUCGGUUGGGUGCAUUUUGACCGAACUUUAUUCUGGCGAGGUGCUUUUUCCGAACGAGCCAGUUGGAAUGCUUCUUGCACGAAUGAUUGGGAUGCUUGGUCCUAUCGACACGAAUAUGCUGCGAAAUGGCCGAGACACACACAAGUAUUUUACAGAAGAAUACGAUUUGUACCAAAUAAACGAAGACACGAAACAAGUUGAAUACAUUAUCGCGAACCAGACAUCAUUAAAGGACCACCUGCAAAUAUCGGAUUACAUAUUCCUCGACUUCUUAACACAUUUGCUCGAGAUUAAUCCCACGAGACGAGCCACCGCGAGAGAGGCAUUGGAUCACCCUUGGUUAUCAUGCUCAUAUGAUUCAUGA